AGAAGAAGAAGGAGAAGAAGGAGAAGAAGAAGUGAGUCUCAAUCAGCGCGAGCUUCGGGGCGCAGAGAGAGACCGGAGCCGCGGAGAGGACGCACGCACAGGAUCGGACGGGACGGAGAGCCGCGCGCGCACCGCACCACUAACACACCGAUCCUGCCCGGACUCGAGCUCGCGCGCCGCGGCCGGGAUGGCACAGCGGGCCGGCCACAGCCUCACGGUCUGCGGACUACUUUGGACUCUCCGCUGAGCUCGCGCUGCUCUGAACUCUGACGCGCGCGCGACAUGAGUGAGAGGAGGCGCUCUGCCGCCGCCCUGAGCUCGCGCGCCCACGCGUUCUCCGUGGAGGCGCUGAUCGGCUCCAACAAGAAGCGCAAGCUGCGCGGCUGGGAGGAGAAGGAGCUCGGCCUGUCCAUGGAGAGCCUGGCGGCGGACGGAGAGGAGCCGGCGCACUGCCUGGACAUGGACCCGGACUCGGAGGCGAGUCCCGGCUCGGACGGAGAGGGCCUGGCCGAGAGGACCUCGUGCUCCUUCGGCUCCCCCGCCGGACUGGCCCCGGUACCGGGGCCCCCCGGCGCCGCGUGCAGCGAGCCGCCGGCCCCGGCCUCCAUGGAGGAGAUCCAGGUGGAGCUGCAGUGCGCGGACCUGUGGAAGCGCUUCCACGACAUCGGCACCGAGAUGAUCAUCACCAAGGCCGGCAGGAGGAUGUUCCCCGCCAUGAGGGUGAAGAUCGCCGGCCUGGACCCCCACCAGCAGUACUACAUCGCCAUGGACAUCGUGCCCGUGGACAACAAGAGAUACAGGUACGUGUACCACAGCUCCAAGUGGAUGGUGGCGGGUAACGCCGACUCCCCGGUGCCGCCGCGGGCCUACAUCCACCCGGACUCCCUGGCCUCGGGGGACACCUGGAUGCGGCAGGUGGUGAGCUUCGACAAGCUGAAGCUCACCAACAACGAGCUGGACGACCAGGGACACGACGCUGAGUCUAUCGCUCCACCAGAGGAGAGUCAGGGAGCAGAUGUUUCCAAUGCAACAUCUGGCUUUCAUCCUCCGGGCCGCACAGCAACGAGCGGCCCGAUGCCGUUGGAGGGCAUCGAACCGUCGGAGUCUUUCGUCCUCAUCGGAUCCGCCUCCUCGCCGUCGCUCAAAAAGAUCAUCCUCCACUCCAUGCACAAGUACCAGCCUCGGGUCCACGUCAUCCGGAAGGACUUCAGCAGCGAGCUGUCCCAGAACAAGGCGGUGCCGAGCGGGGACGGGGUCAAGACCUUCAGCUUCCCCGAGACCGUGUUCACCACCGUCACCGCCUACCAGAACCAGCAGAUCACCAGACUAAAGAUCGACCGCAACCCGUUCGCCAAAGGAUUCAGAGACUCUGGGAGAAACAGGACCGGCCUGGAGGCCAUCAUGGAGACCUACGCCUUCUGGAGACCUCCGGUCCGGACCCUGACCUUCGAGGACUUCACCAACAUGCAGAAGCAGCAAGGCGGCAGCACGGGCACCUCUCCCACCGCCUCCAGCACCGGGACCCCCUCCCCCUCCGGCGCCGCCCACCUGCUGUCGCCCUCCUGCUCGCCGCCCGCCUUCCACCUGGCGCCCAGCGGCUUCAACGUGGGCUGCAGGGAGAGCCAGCUGUGCAGCCUGGGCCUGGAGUACCCGGCCUGCGCCCGCGGCAACAUGGCGGCGCUGCAGGGCUACGGCGGCCUGGCCGACGGCUCCUACGGCCGGCUGCAGGCGGCGGGCGGCGGGGCGUCCGCUCAGCCGCCCGACUCCUUCCUGCCGCAGAGGACUUCCUCCCUGCACGCCGGCGGAGCCAAGAUGGACGCCUACGGCGGCCAGCUGGGCUCCUUCCCGGCCGCCCAGCUUCAGUACGUGAUGCAGGCGGGCGGCGGCGGCGGCCCCUCCCCCUCGCCGUCGGGCCCCUCCCCCGCCCACAUGUUCGGCGGCGGCGGCCACCACCACGUGCAGCAGGGCUCCUACAACGCCUUCUCCCUGCACAACCCCUACAACCUGUACGGGUACAACUUCCCCCCCUCCCCCCGGCUGGCCGCCAGCCCCGAGAAGCCGCAGGGGGGCCUCCUCUGCUCCGCGGCGCCCGCCGGCGCCUUCGGCGAGCGCCAGUACCUGUCCAACGGGAGCGUGGACGCGAUGCACAUGAUCGGCAACGCCGGCGGCGGCCAGCAGGGCGGCGGCUCCUGCGACGGACGCCAGUACGGCUCCUCCUCUCAGAUGUCCAUGCACAUGGUGUAGGCGGGGGCGGCUGCGGCUGCGGCUGCGGUGGCGGCUGUUGUGGCGG